ACCACCGCAUCCUCGUCCACAGAGAAAAACCCUAGAGAGAGUUUCUCCAAACCCGGCGGCGAAGAUGAAGUACAACCCAAGAGUCACCUCCUCUCGCAGGAAGAACCGCAAGGCUCACUUCACAGCCUCAUCCAGCGAGAGGCGCGUCAUCAUGAGCUCACCGCUCUCCACCGACCUUCGCCAAAAGUACAACGUCAGAUCCAUGCCCAUCCGCAAGGACGACGAGGUUCAGAUCGUUCGUGGGACCUACAAGGGACGUGAAGGAAAGGUCGUCCAGGUGUACCGUCGCAAGUGGGUGAUUCACAUCGAGAGGAUCACGAGGGAGAAGGUGAACGGAACCACCGUGAACGUCGGUGUUCAGCCGUCGAAAGUGGUGAUUACGAAGCUUCGUCUUGAUAAGGACAGGAAGUCGCUUUUGGAGAGGAAGGCGAAGGGACGUGCUGCUGCUGAUAAGGACAAGGGGACCAAGUUCACUGCUGAGGAUGUUAUGCAGAACGUUGAUUAACCGAAACAUUGUCGUAAGGUUUUAUCGUUGUUUUAAAUUUUGUUUCAUCGAAUGUUAUUUAUGUUUCGGACAUGAGAAUGUGUCUUUUGAUUUCAGUUUCGAUAAUGAGUUUUGACUCUUUAGCUAUAUUCUAUAGUUUUAUUGAUGCUUUUUA